GUGGCACUACUGACACCAUGUAUGGCACGAAAUCAGUAACCUGGUCACUGUGAGAAGGCACUAACCAGUCCUGUUGUGGUGGCUGCCAGUGCCCGGAGAGGCGGGAGAGCUCAGUGUCACGCGCACACACACACACACAUAACACACGCACACACACACCGCUGCACUGCAUGAUGUUGCUGGACAGCGGACACGAGGGGACGCUCCUGGAGGGGGAAGAGCUGGCGCAGCAGCAGAAGGACUUCACAGCCUACAAGAACGGUUUGGUUCGCUUCAGUCCCGGCGGGUGGCUCUUAACUAAGAAGUUCACCAAAUUCGCUAAUAGCAUUUACAACUUCAAGUGGCGGAGCAGUGACGUGGUGGUGAUGACGUACCCCAAGUGUGGCACCACCUGGACCCAGGAAAUCAUCUGGACCAUGAGGAACAACACCAACUUCGACCAUCCCCACGCCAAUGAGCCCAUCAUGGACCGAUCUCCCUUCAUUGAAUUUGACAUGUUCUUACCAGAUGGACUGACCCGGGACAGUCGAUUAGUGGCGGCAGAAGCCCCAUCAUUUUUGCGCCUAUAUCCAGACGCUGACCCCAAUGAUGGAGUGUACAUAAAGACCUCAGCGGCCACGCCUGACCCAAGAACCAUAAAGACACACCUGCCCUUCUCUCUCCUCCACCCUUCACUUCUGGAAACAGCUAAGGUGGUAUACGUGGCCAGGAACCCCAAGGAUGUGCUACUCUCCUACUGUCACCACUCACGGAUCUUGUUUGAGCAUGGCUUUCAAGGCACCAUGGAGGAUUUCUACAAAUACUUCAUCGAUGGAGACUUGUUGUUCGGCCCCUACGACGAGCAUGUAAAGGAGGCGUGGGAGAGACGCACCCACCCAAACCUUCACUUUGUGUUCUACGAGGACAUGCAGGUCGACAUCAUGAAGGAGUUACGCAGACUGAAUGACUUCCUGGACACCCAGCUGACGGAGGAGCAGCUGAAGAAGGUGGCAGACUACACCUCCUUCGAGAGCAUGAAGACCCGAGGAAAUGAGCAAGUGAAUGAUUUUGUCAACCAAGACGCAUUUAAGAAAGACGGAGGAUUCUUCAGAAAGGGGAAGAGCGGUGACUGGAAGAAGAGCCUCACUCCAGAACUUAUUGCUGAGAUGGACUCGUGGACUGCCAAACGCUUUAACUUUGGCGUCACCUUUAAGUAAUCGGAGGGAUACUCAGACCACACUGAUGACCUGCUGAGUCGCCGUCCGUGGUCUCAUGCACAAAGGAAUGAAGAUAACAGUUUGCAGGAUCGGCCCUGCAUUACGCCUUGCAGCACAUUGUCAGAGCGAAUUGGUGACAUCGAGCCCCUUGAAACGACCGAAUUUGAAUGGAACGAUGAGUUUAAGGAUACAACCGGUACACAGAAACCUCAGAACAGCAGAGGAGUUUAGGGAUACAAUCAGCCCAAAACCCCCAAGAAUAAUAGAGGAAUAUGAGAAUACAACCGACCUAAGGAAACCCAAAACAACAGUGGUGGGAGGCAGGGCUAUCACACCUCUCCAUCUGAAAUUGACCUCUCUUUUGGUCACUCUUCACUACUCUCUUUUAUAGGAGCAGUGCUUAGCGGGCUUCUUUGAUUUCAUAUGUUCUUGCCUUGAGCUGUUUCCUUUACUGUUAAAAAAAAAAAAAAUACAGCUCCAAGGAUGUCUCCGGCGUGGGAGUCUGGGGGCGUGAGCUGACAUGAUUAAGUUUAGUUGAAAGCUGAUCAGAGAGGCCUGGUUUUAGUUUGUGAUAUUUCUACAAGUUCUGCACUGAGUAGAACACAAAACCUUUCAGUAAAUACCAUAUCAUCCCUGUCAACUAAAAUAUAAUAAAAGUCUGCUGCAGAAUGUU